GGUUUGUCUGACGCGGGGAGUUUUGCUGGUUCUAGAAACGUUGAUACAUACGUUGUUAGAAAGCACUAAAAAAUUAUGUAAUGAUCAUGGUAGUAUUGACAGCGCCAUCUCGUACACUUAGCUUAGGACACCAUCAUCUCAGCCAAACUCUAUGAUCUCAGCCAUGUCUCAGCGCACAAUCGGCACAAUCUCGGAGGUCAUGUGCUACGUUGGACCUUGCGUUGGACGGCGCGACUCCUCGUCCCUCUGCUUUCGCCUUCACGAACUCGUUGUGCUGUCUUUGUGCGCGCUCAAGUCAAACAGCAACAGUUUGUCGGUAAUGUUAACAACGCCGCAACAAGAUGGGACGCAGAUGUUUCGUUGAGAACUGCAAAAGCGGGUACAAGUGUUGCAAGGAAAAGGUGAUCAUCUUCAAGGCUCCGAAUGAUCCUGAACGUGUGCAAGCAUGGGCUGCUGCGAUCCCUGGUGACCGUCAGUUUACGUCGAGGGAAUUUAUCUGCGAGAAGCACUUCUCAAGCAGCAUGAUGAGGCGGGAUAAAUACUACGGCGUGCUUGGAGGCCAGGUAAUCCUAGACCACCCGAAAAAACCUGGACUACUUCCGGACGCUGUUCCCUGCGUCUUUCUUCCGUCUCCAGCACCUCCGAAAAAGAAGCGGAUUCGCCGGGGAGCGUCAUCAAGUAUUAGUCAAGAUGCCGUUAAACGGUCAGGAGAUCCAGGAACAUCAACAGCGGUGGGCAUCGGCGAUGUCAACGGCCCGCGAGGGGCAACAGAAAGUCGGGAACCCGUGCAGGAAAAUGUGUGCCAGGGAGCUGCAAGAACAGUGGCAAUCCAGACAACACUGCAGUGCCACUCUGUUGCUACGCAGGUGUUCACGAGCCUAAAGAUGCUGGCUUCUGUCCAGACUCAGACACAACAUGCCUGCAUCACAUGAAGUGGCAACUGCAGUCAGUUUUGCCCCAUGCUGCAGUUUUCAGGCCUCUCAGUGGUUCAUCACCUGGACGACCCUCAGGGAUGUGAUAACUGUGCCAAGAGCUCUUCUACCAGAAGCGAGCGGGCAUGGUGAACGAGCUUGUUGACUCACAAGUCGACCUGGCAGGUGGUGGGUCCAAGCUACUGCACAGGGUACCUCUGACACAGCGUGCUUUUCAUGCACAAUGGCUGCAUUUUGCACAUUGAGGAAGUGCAAGUCAGAGAGUGACCCGAAUUCUGCAAUGGCGUCUCAAUGGAAGGGCUUGUGAAGUGCUUGGUUUGCAUUAAGAAGCUAAGCAUGAGCAUAAAUUCGCUGACAACAGUGUUAUGUUUGUGUUUUGCUGAAGAGGAAGCCUUGCAUAAGGCUGCCUGCAGGCCAACAGUCCUUCAAGCAGGCGCAUUGCCCUCCCAAGCUGCGAGUGUGAGGCACCUGACACAGCGAGCUACUACCAUGCGACCAUAAUGGCUUUCAGUUGCCGCUUCAACCUUGAGGAGACAACGGCAUUUGUAAAGAUGCCGGUCCGUUCCCACAGCUAAGCGAGUGGUUAUGUGCUUCGGGGUGGCAGACCCUUUGAAGAGCCCAGAUGUCCAUGCUGUGCCCCAACGCCCUGUAGCCUUCACAUGCUAAGAGUGGAGAGAGCAGCGAUUACACUCGUGUCGAGGACCCUUGAAACUGGUGCUUGUGAUGUCAUUGGACUGACCAACUUGGAGCGAUUUCCCCACCUAGUGGUCUGGGGAGGAGAAAUCCUUUAAAAUGGGCCAUUGAGCUCACACUCUUCAUGCAGAUUUUAUCAUUUAAGUCGUGUAAAUGAAAUGCUAUUAUUUUUCCCUUUA